UAACAGGAGAAACAUAACACUUGUUUAUCCCUGAUCAGCUGUUUGUGUUUCGUUUUCCACUCCAUCCGAAUAAGAAAAGAAACCGAUCAGAACUGCAGAGCUCUCAGUAUAAAAGGCAAGCAGGAACUCUUCGUGCAUCACAGCCCAAACUAUCAUCAUGAUCACAUCAAGCCAACUUUGGCCGACUUUUGCAGCAAUGCUGAUGAAGAUCCGCAGCAUCAUUUCGACCCUGUGGGUAUCUGUCUUGACGCUGGUAUCUGGAUCACGGGCGCAGAAAACACUUGUUGCUUCCAGGACAAGUCCUCCCAAAACUCACUCCAAGGAGCAGAAGGAGAUAUCUGAUUCUCAGCUGACCACUCCAAGUAGUGUAAACUACCAUUUUACCCGGCAAUGCAAUUACAAAUGCGGCUUUUGCUUCCACACCGCAAAGACCUCGUUCGUCUUGCCUAUUGACGACGCAAAGAGAGGCUUGCGACGUCUGAAAGAAGCAGGGAUGGAAAAGAUCAAUUUCUCAGGUGGGGAGCCCUUCGUGCACCAGAGGGGAGAUUUCCUGGGACUGCUGGUGAAAUACUGCAAAGAGGAAUUGAAACUGCCGAGCGUCAGUAUUGUUAGUAAUGGCAGUUUGAUAAAGGAAACCUGGUUUCAGAAAUACGGUGACUGUUUGGACAUUCUGGCUAUUUCUUGUGACAGCUUCAAUGAAGAAACCAAUAAAGCCAUAGGUCGAAGUCAGGGAAGGAAAAGUCAUUUGGACAACCUACAUAAAGUACGUAACUGGUGCCGGGAGUAUAAGGUGGCGUUCAAGAUCAACUCAGUUGUCAACACCUUCAAUGUAGAGGAGGACAUGAGAGAACGCAUCAGUGUUCUAAACCCAGUGCGCUGGAAGGUCUUCCAGUGUCUGCUAAUUGAAGGGGAAAAUGUAGGGGAGAACAGCCUCCGUGAAGCAGAGAAAUUUGUCAUCAGCGAUCAGCAAUUCCAAGACUUUCUGGACCGCCACAAGAGCAUUAAAUGUCUGGUUCCGGAGUCUAAUCAAAAGAUGAAAGACUCCUACCUGAUUCUCGAUGAAUAUAUGCGUUUCCUGGAUUGUCGAGAGGGCAGAAAAGAUCCCUCAAAAUCCAUUCUGGAUGUUGGUGUGGAAGAGGCCAUAAAGUUUAGUGGUUUUGAUGAGAAAAUGUUCCGCAUAAGAGGAGGAAAAUAUGUAUGGAGCAAAGCAGACAUGAAACUGGAUUGGUGACCCUUCCUAUAAAAUACAAAAUUUUCUCCUUGUGACUAUGAAUAUUUUAUUUAAUGUGAUUUGUUAAAAAUAAACUCCAUAUACAUGGUUCCGUAAAGAACCUUUACCAUCUGAAGAACCUUUUUGUUUCACAAAAGGUUCUUUGUGGCAAAAAAAAGGUUCUUCAGAUUAUAAAAGGUAGGAAAGAGAUUGUUCUUUAUAGAACCUUUCACUGAAGGUUUCUUUGUGGAACCAAAAAUGGUUCUCUAUAACAUUGCUGUGAAGAACCUUUUAACCUCUUUAUUUUUAAGAGUGUAUGGUGGUUAACUGUUGCAUGAACAUUGCAUUAAAUUAUAUUAGUUCAAACUCUACUCACAGUCACAUGUACAUAGGCUACUGCAUUAAAAUAUAAAAAAAUGAUAUAUAUACUGUAUAUAUACAUUUUUUUAAAUUUAAGGCUUAUUCAUUUGUAAUAUACAAUCAAGCAUAUUUUUGUAUUUGUUUGUACUGUAUUUUUUUAAUGUAUGCAGUUCAUUAUGUUAUUCAGCUUUAUGUGAAGCUUUUUUGAUGUGCACUUUAUUUUUAAAGUACAUUUGUAUGUACUUUGUCAUAGGAAGAAGCAUUAAGAUAAGUAAGAAGAAUGUAUGUAUUAUUAUUGCGUUAAUAAAUGUAAUUA